AUGUGCAAACCUGUUGCAGAUGUUUCAGUUCAAGACUUCAGGCUUGUUCUUGUUGGAAAAACGGAUGCAGGAAAAAGCUCCAGUGGAAACACUAUAUUAGGAAGAGGCGCCUUUAGAGCAGCAACCAAACACUCCUCAGAGACCACUGAAUGCUCCAAACAACGAGAAAUGAUGUUCAGCAGGAUGGUUUCUGUUGUUGACACGCCCGGUCUCUUUGACACCGAUCAGUCUGACAAAACAGUGAAGAGAGAAAUCUCAAAAUGCAUCAACAUGACAGCUCCAGGGCCCCAUGCCAUUCUGCUGGUUAUCAAAUUUGGAACCUUUACAGCAGAAGAAAGAGAGGCGGUGAUGAAGGUGGAGGAGAUCUUUGGAAAGGAAGCCUGGAAGUACACCAUCAUCCUCUUCACCCAUGGUGAUGAGAUUAAGUCAGACUUUGAUCAAAAGCUUAAGAAUGCUCCUCCUGACCUGCAAGAGAUCUUAAAGAAGGCUGGAAACAGAUACCAUGUGUUCAACAACCUCCAAGCAAGCAAUCGUCAACAAGUUAUGAUUCUGCUGGAGAAGAUCCAGAAGAUGGUAGAUGACAAUAGAGGACAGUUUUACUCAAACAGCACCUAUGAAGAGGCUAUGAAGAUGUUGGAUCAGCGAGAACGUGAUAUCAAGCAGUACUAUGAGACGGCACUGGAAGAGAAAAUCAAAGGUGUGAAGGCAGGUUAUGAGAGGCAGUUGAGGGAAGCUAAAGAGGAACAUGAGCAGGUAGUGAAAAGGUUGGAGUCUGAGUUGGAGGAGUUGAAGCGAUACUACCGCGUCCUAGAGAGCGGAGUCCGUCAGUUUUUAGAGCAGAUAGACAAAGAUGAUGACUAUAGUGAACUUUGCAAGCGGUAUCAUGAAACCCUGAAACUGAACUGAAGGACAAGUGUUUUUUGAGAAUCUUAUUCAGUCUCAUUGAUUUUAUAUGAUUGACUAAUUUUGCAUAGACGUAUACUGUAAAUGUUCCUGUAAUCUGAAUAAUGGUACUCUAAUAAAACUAACCAGUUUCAGACAGCAUUUUCAAAAGGUCUUUAAAUAUUGUUUUGGGGUAUAUUUAGAUAAUCUGCACAAAACAUGUCUAACUCUGAGACAAGGAGCCUGUGUUUUUCCUGAAAUGAACAGUGUAAUUGCUGGACGUUCCUAUGGUGUGUAUUAUUUUUUUGAACAGCUAAACAUGGCACCUCCAGGCAUCUGGAAAAUGCACUCAAUGAUAAACCAGGUGUGGGCAUUCAUGUUUAUCCAUAUCCCAUGUUUUUUUCUAUUGGAGUAGAUUGCAGUGAGAAGGCAGCUGCAAGAUUAACCAAAGUAGCAGCCACAGCAGCAGGAUAAGAUGUGCCAUAGGAACAGAAAGAGAAGCUAAAGGGAGGAGGUGCUAGUUUUUGCAGGAGGAAGCCAUGAACCUCAGAGUGGGUGAUGUUUAAGUGCCCACAUGGGUGACUAAGAAGGGGUUAUUGUAUUCAUAUCCCACAAAAAUCUAAAAUGGUUUAGUGUCCUACUCUUCAUGCAAUUCUGUUGUACCAUGUGCUCCAAAGGUUAUUGAGCUCUUAAAGACUAGCCCUUUUUCCUAUACCCAAUUUGAGCAAGAUGUUUAGGGUUUUAAAGACUUUUAACUGGGUUUCGAAGGUGAUGAUUAUGAUUAUUCUUAUCGUGCAUUUUCUAUUUCACAAGAACUAAGGCAGCUAAGGUCAUAUUAUCUCUCAACCAGAAUUCUAACCAUGGACAAUUACCUGUUGUUUUUGUGACCUAUAACUGUAAAGAAAUGUGCUUAUUUCUAGUCUGCUACUCAGUAUUGAGCUGUGAUUUUUAUCUUUGAAACAUUAAAGACAUUUCUAAACAGUCUGCAGAAAGUGUCUAUCUUAAUGU